AUGGGGAGCCGGGCGGUGGUGAGAGCCGGGCGCAGCCCUCACCGUCUCCGAGUCCGGGCCGCGGCCGCCGCCCCCGCCCGGGCCGCGCUACCCCUCUCCCGCCCUCGCCCUCCCCGCUCCAACUCCUCCUCCUCCUUCCCCAUGCCUCUGUUCCUCCUGCUCCUACUUAUCCUGGUCCUGCUGCUCGAGGACGCCGGAGCCCAGCAAGGUGAUGGAUGUGGACAUACUGUACUAGGCCCUGAAAGUGGAACCCUCACGUCCAUAAACUACCCACAGACCUAUCCCAACAGCACCGUUUGCGAAUGGGAGAUCCGUGUAAAGAUGGGGGAGAGAGUGCGCAUCAAAUUUGGUGACUUUGACAUUGAAGAUUCUGACUCUUGCCACUUUAAUUACUUGAGAAUUUAUAAUGGCAUUGGAGUUAGCAGAACUGAAAUAGGCAAAUACUGUGGUCUGGGAUUGCAGAUGAAUCAUUCAAUUGAAUCAAAAAGCAAUGAAAUUACAGUGCUGUUCAUGAGUGGAAUCCAUGUUUCUGGACGAGGAUUUUUGGCCUCAUACUCAGUUAUGGAAAAACAAGAUCUAAUUACUUGUUUAGACACUGCAUCCAGUUUUUUGGAACCUGAGUUCAGUAAGUACUGCCCAGCUGGUUGUCUGCUUCCUUUUGCUGAGAUAUCUGGAACAGUCCCUCAUGGAUAUAGAGAUUCCUCGCCCUUGUGCAUGGCUGGUGUGCACGCAGGAGUAGUGUCAAACGUUUUGGGUGGCCAGAUCAGUGUUGUAAUUAGUAAAGGUAUCCCAUACUAUGAGAGUUCUUUGGCCAACAACGUCACGUCUGUGGUGGGACACUUAUCUACAAGUCUUUUUACAUUUAAGACAAGUGGUUGUUAUGGAACACUGGGGAUGGAAUCUGGCGUGAUUGCUGAUCCUCAGAUAACAGCAUCAUCUGUGCUGGAGUGGACUGACCACACAGGCCAAGAGAACAGCUGGAAACCCGAAAAGGCCAGGCUGAAGAGACCUGGGCCUCCUUGGGCUGCUUUUGCCACUGAUGAGUAUCAGUGGUUACAAAUAGAUCUGAAUAAAGAAAAGAAGAUAACAGGCAUUGUAACCACUGGCUCCACCAUGGUGGAACACAAUUACUAUGUGUCAGCUUACAAAAUUCUAUACAGUGAUGAUGGACAGAAAUGGACUGUCUACAGAGAACCUGGUGUGGAGCAGGAUAAGAUAUUUCAAGGAAACAAAGAUUAUCACCAGGAUGUGCGUAAUAACUUUUUGCCACCAAUUAUUGCACGUUUUAUUAGAGUGAAUCCUACGCAAUGGCAGCAGAAAAUUGCCAUGAAAAUGGAACUGCUUGGAUGUCAGUUUAUUCCUAAAGGUCGUCCACCAAAACUUACUCAACCUCCACCUCCUCGGAACAGCAAUGACCUCAAAAACACUACAGCCCCUCCAAAAAUAGCCAAAGGUCGAGCCCCAAAAUUUACUCAACCACUACAACCUCGCAGUAACAAUGAGUUUCCUGCACAGACGGAGCAAACAACAGCCACUCCUGAUAUCAAAAAUACUACCGUGACUCCAAGUGUCACCAAAGAUGUAGCCUUGGCUGCAGUCCUAGUCCCGGUGCUCGUCAUGGUGCUCACCACCCUCAUCCUCGUAGUAGUGUGUGCUUGGCAUUGGAGAAACAGAAAGAAAAAAACCGAAGGCACCUACGACUUACCUUACUGGGACCGGGCAGGUUGGUGGAAAGGAAUGAAGCAGUUUCUCCCUGCCAAAUCAGUGGAACACGAGGAAACCCCCGUUCGCUACAGCAGCAGUGAAGUUAAUCACUUGAGUCCAAGAGAAGUCACCACAGUGCUGCAGACGGACUCUGCAGAGUAUGCACAACCACUUGUGGGAGGAAUUGUUGGCACCCUUCAUCAGAGAUCCACCUUUAAACCAGAAGAAGGGAAAGAAGCAAGUUAUGCUGACCUAGGUCCUUACAACUCCCCGGUCCAGGAAGUCUACCAUGCUUAUGCCGAACCACUGCCGAUUACCGGGCCCGAAUAUGCAACCCCAAUCAUCAUGGAUAUGUCCGGGCACCCCCCAGCCUCAGUUGGUCUUCCCUCAACGUCCACUUUCAAAGCUACAGGGAACCACCCUCCCCCUGUGGUGGGAGCCUACAACACUCUUCUCUCCAGGACCGACAGCUGCUCGUCCACCCGCGCCCAGUAUGACACCCCAAAAGGUGGGAAACCAGGUGCCAGUGCCCCAGGCGAACUGGUGUACCAGGUGCCACACAGCACACAGGAGGCUUCAGGGGCCGGGGGGGAUGGUGAAUGUGAUGGUUUUCAAGAAACUCUUUGA